AUGGCAAUGCUUAGACAUAAGCAUAUGGGUUUGUCACGAAAUUUCAGCGAAUAUCGAAACUUUACAAAGAACACUGUAAUUUACCCUCAUAACGACAUGACGAAGUUUCAAAACUUUAGAAAUGCCAAACAGCUCUUAGUUCAAGGCAACAGGCGUAUGUGGAACACACUUAAAAAUGACAAAUUCAAGAACAGCGUUAAAACAUACUUAGGAAUUAAAGAAAAAGAAUGGAAUUUCCAUAAUGUAUCUCAAAUUGAUCGGAUUUCAAGCCCUGAAGUGCAUAGAAAAGAUAUAGAAGACAGCAUGAAAUCUUUCGGCUGGACUAAUGAUUUAAUAGACGCAAAAGAGCAUCAGCAAGACACUGGAGGCGCCAAUGUUAGGUCAGCCCUCAGCAAAUUAGGGUUCAAUGAUUUAAAAAGUCUGUACUCAACUAUUCCAAAAGCAGAUAUCAAUUCAGAAAAAGGCAGAAUCCACACCAAGAUAUUUAAGGAAUCAAACAAAGGAAAGUCUCCAUAUCAUGGAAUCGAAUAUGAAGAUUUUCCAGAAAGCAAACAGCACCCAGAGCCUAUUGGGUAUUUCUCAGAAGAUUGGUCUGAUAUUGAGGAUAAAAAAGAAGCUGCCAACAGAAGAAAACAACUAUUAAGAAACGAAAAGAUCUUCGAAGAAACUGGUAUGACACCUGAACCGAUCGCAAAUAGUCCAGAUGAUAGUGAUUGGGAACACACUGCUAUCAUCUACCACCCAGGAACCCAUUUAAUCCCUCAAUGGCUCAGAGCAGAGUUCCGCCAGCUCAAGCUAAAGCUCCAGCGCCACACAUAUUCUAGAACCCACAUUGAUGUCUUCAGAGAAAAAUUUGAUGGCCAAAAAUCCCCAUUUAAGCUAUUUGACGUCAAAGGGAGGAUCCAAGCCAAAGACUAUAAGCUUCAAGAAAGCGAAGUCAAGCCAAGAGUCCCUUCUUUUAAGCAGCUUAUGCAGACAUCAGAAGAAAAAAUUUCCUUGAAUCACCCAGACCUGGAAUACCAGCUGCAGAGAGACAAUUAUGAAGGCAACGAGCACUUUGUCCCUCGAUAUAUGCACAAAGACCACACCCAAGAAGAUUUUGACUGGGGAUUCACAGAUAAAAUUGAAGACUCUGUUAUCCCACAAGCUUAUUAUGGAGAAAUGAACCCAAGAUUAGAUCCAAAGUUAGCAGUAGAAUGGUCAGAUCUAGGACAUGAAUCAAUGGCAAAAAUAAAUUUCGAGCCGAAACCGAAAAAUAAAGUGGCUGCAAGAAUCCACGCUAUGGUAAAGACUGAUGGAUUUUUUGACCACUUUUUGGACAAUCAAAUUACCUAUUGGGGAGAAUUAUUUGUAGGACUGAAUCAAGUAGGCGGUGAAAAAUAUAGGCCUGCAAGAGUUAAAGCAGUGCUGCCAUGGGAAUAUAUGAUCGCUGAAGUUUUUAGGCCUAAAGAAGAUAUAAGGGAUAAUGAUCCUAUAGCAGAUAGUAAAGGCAGAUCUUAUGCUACCGGGAAAAGGAAAAAAGCUUUUGCACAUUGCUAUGUAGUUCCAGGGACUGGCAGAAUUACUGUAAAUGGAAUGAAUAUGACUGAGUACUUUUAUGAUAUGGUCAGCAGAGAUAGGCUUGUAAGACCUUUUAAAGUGACUGACACUAUGUGUGAACUUGAUGCAAAGGUAUUUGUUAGAGGUGGCGGAAUUAUGGGAAAAAGUGAUGCAGCAAUGUUGGCAAUUGCACAUGCUGUUGGAAAACAAUAUCCUGCGUUAAAACCAUUUUUGAGGAAGUUUGGACUGCUGAAGCAAGAUAUUAGAAAUGUGGAGCAGAAGAAGACGAGUCAUUAUAAGGCAAGAAAGUCUUAUCCUUGGGUUAAGCGUUAA